GACGAAAACAUUGUGUUCUGAAGAGGCUACUUGUCAACUUGAGCAUUACAGAAGCAGGGAUGCCGCCGAUCCACCAAUAUAAAGAAAAACAACUACUAGAUAAAAUAAUGAAGAAAGCUCCUGCCGCGAAGGGUGCUUUGCAUCUUCUUUCCUAUGCCGCCGUCCCCUCGUCCACCUACAACUGAGUUCUUCCUGUGGUGCAGGGAAACAAUUUCCCUGCUCCUGCUUGUCCGUCACUGCAGUUUAGAUAGAGGCGAAGAUGACGAAAGGUGCCGUCCAUCCCAAUGGCCAGAACUUCUAUCGCGGUCUGCGACAUGAUGUGGUUUCACGGGUAGAGCGUUUGCUGGAUCAGAAUUCAUACCGACGACGUCCAGAAUGGUUGCUUUACUGUCAGAGAGUGCCACCAUUGGAAUUGACGAACUUCCCAAUGAUGGACAAGAAGAUACGCAACCCUUAUCGCGAACUCGUUGGAGAUUUGUUGAUUACGAAGUGAUCAUCUAUUAACUAAAGUGUUUCAUUGUUUCAUCUAGUAGGCUUUUUUCUCCACGAAGGAUUGAUGAAUACAGGUUACUUAAUUGUAAGAACUAUGUAUUGAUGCAGGCAUAUUUCGAAUCGUCGUGGACCUUCACGAACAUUCUAGUCAAGUCGCUUCAUCUUCUAACAUCCAAAAAUAUCCAGAUCUGCGUUUUGUUGAUGCUUUUGUAGACGGCAACGACUGGCAGCAGGGGAAUGAUGUCUACCGCAGUGACCACCCGGUGAUGCAAUUCGUCGCGAAACAACAGAGAUUGAUGAUUAAGGUUUAUAUGUACGAACAGAAUUCGGAAACAUCUGUGGUACCUGUUUCUAAAUCGAUCUGCUUAUCAUUUCGUGGAUCAUGAACAGCUUUUCUUAGGAUGGUUUAUCGCAUGUGGCAGAUGUAGCUGUAAAGGAAGUAGUGCUAAUACGUGAGAUUUGCGUUGUAGCUGAAAUUUCGUUUUACUGACGAUCAUCGUCAUUUUUCUGUAUGUGUGACAAGGGAAGGAGCCAGACUCCACCAGUUUCCACGAACUACUUAAGUCAAAGGUCGAACUUCUACACGAGAUCCCAACACCACCUGAAAGAGUUUUCCUACAACUACCUGAAAUCGGUACCCCAAAUCCUCUAACGGAAACGAGAAUCCGACAAUGAGUAAGCGUGCAGCAUUUCACGCUGUGGAGAAGGAGUUCAAAAGGAGACGGGGUGCACAAGAAAGGGAGCAUAAACUGCUGAUGGCCAUGAUGGCAGGACAAGAACGGGUUCAACCCCUUAAGGCUGUGCAUGAUUCAUCUUUGAUUGCGUCCUUGAAAAGUAUGCUCGAGCAUUCUCGUGGUAUAAUACUCUUCAAGGAUGCACUUGAAAAAGAUGGAUCUCGGAGAGGUCUAAACACCUGUUUCCACUCGCCAAGGAUGUCUUGUACGCAAAACGUGCAGAAAAUGAGGCGACUCAUUUGAGACAUAUACGAAAACACCUGUCCGACAUGAGACGGACGGAGCAAGCGAAAAACCGAACAAGACAAUCUGGAUUGGGAAACUUUUUAUGACGGACCACAGCAGAUCGACGCCUCUAUCGUUCUCCACCUCUGUCGUGCGAUUGAUUGUUUGAUUAUCUAAAACGGCUGACGAGAUUACGACUGAUUCUUGUGUUCAGCAGACCGUUUUGUCUAGGAGCUAGUAUGCUGGCUAGUGAUAGGCGCAAUGGAAUGCAAGAAGAAAAUCAUAUUCUUUGUUCAUUCGUGGUGAGAAAACAGGACAUGAUUUAAUUCGAGGCUCAUCUGAGGGAAUUAUUGUCGCGUUCUGUCCUGAAUACACUACGCUUAUGUCCGCUUCGUCCCCUAGUGUCUCUAAUCGCAGCCGACCUUGAACAAGGCAGUGAAUUUGCGCACAAUCGUGGUCGGGCAAUGCAAGUUUUUGGCUUUGAGUUGGAGCGAGCCCGCAUGAGUCUUGUUGCAAAAGUACAAAGUACCAAGAAAGAGGAGGAAGUAGCGGUCUCGGACCCGAUGGAUGAGCUGCACCCCAGUCACUCCUUAAACGCCGAAAGAAGGAAGCGCGAUCAAUUGCGAGAAAUGAGUAAGAUUAUGAAAAUGUUGCCUGUUGCGGAAAUAAUGGUUGCCAGCUCUAGCGCAUUUCAUCGUGCUGGGGUAAUCCAGUGUAUUCCAACUAGUCUUCCUAGUGUAUCACGAUGCUGAAUCAAUUACCUCCUGCUGAAUCAAUUACCCCCUGCUGAAUCAAUUACCUCCUGCUGGAAGAUGCUGCUGCGAAUUCUCCUAUCUGACUCCUGCUGGGCCAUGCCCUAUCCUAUUCUUUUCUAUGUCCUGAGCUUUGCACACUUCUAAGAAACACGAAGGUUUUGAUGGGGACGACGAUGACGACGAGGAGAGUGGUCCGAUUAAUGUGGCAGAGCGACUCUUCGGAAAGAAGAAGGCGGCCGAGCCUCAGAUCAUCGAGGAUCUUGGUCACGGUCCCGGUGGAGAGACAAUUUACUGCAUUAUCAUAAUGCUGAUUAUAGCUGUCAUGUGAAAACAGACGAAAUUACUUCCAAUAUAUAUUGCAUGGUGAUAAUGCUGACUAAAGCUGUCAUAUGAAAACAGACGAAAUUUCUUUGAAGUAUAAAAAUUUGUCUCAGCCUGUUCUAAGGAUGAGUAGAAGUAGAGGCGCAAGCGGACGAUGCAGGAGCACAGGAAAGCGAGCAGAACAGCAGGCAAGUAGAGGAGGACGGCUCGUGGAGAUCUGAAAGUUUAUGAGGUUGAGUAGCAGAAUUCAUUUUGAAAUUUGUAGGUUGCAGGACGAAGCACUUUACUAGAACUUCAUGGACUUAGAGAUAAUGUGCAAUCAAUGGAUGAUGCAUCGGCAUGACGUCAGCUGAAGUUACAAACCAAGAUGCCGAAGUUAGAGCAUUCGAAGUGCAGGAUUGUUUUUCAUCUUGUUGUUUCCUCUGUUGUUUCGCUAAACCUGUUUUUUUCUCUACAAAACAAGAUGGCGCCUCUCGGCUGCAGCAGCGUUGGUGGAUUAAUAGAGUAGUGAUCUCAAUCCUUACAUACAUUUUGAUCCUACGGCCGUGUAGCUCUAAAGACCACUCCACGCUCUGCUUUGCGCAGCUCGCAGGAGAUAGUGGAAGAGCUGGCGUCACGUGCGGCAAAUGCGACGCCAGACGAAAAAGCAGACAUCAUGAUUGUUAUGAAUAGGAAUCUAGAACGUACUAGACUUCAGCGCCCGAUAGCUCUCCCUCCACUAGAAUCCUCCACCUCCUUCGAGAAUUUCCUUCGCCAAGACGCGCCUCCCCCCGCUCCUCUUCCGCCAGCUCGCGGCGCUUUGCUGGCGAAGUGGUCCGCGCCAGAGGAGUCGGAACAGAGGCGCCGCGGAAUUUAACAGAGGAGGCCGCAGCUGUCUCUGAGAUUUUUGAGAUUUCUCAAGGUCAGGCGUGUCCGCUUUUGAGUUUCAAGGUGUGUCUGCUUUUGAAUUUAGUGCAGCGCUUUGGAUUGGGAGCCUUGAGCGCGAAGCGUCGCGCGCAAGUCUUUGGGGUGGAGACUUGGGGCGAGAUUGAUGGAAGUUUGCUCUUGGCUUGCAGCUUGAAGCCCGCGACCGUUUUCAGUGUGGAGCAGUUUUAAGCGUCGGCAAAGCGCGAGGCGUAGGGCUUCGGACUUGGCGCUUUGAUUUUGAAGCUUUGGACCUGCAGGCUGAAGCGUUGGACCCGAACGAAGUGCCGGGCUUGAAGGGUUUGGCCUGAAGUCUCGGGUCUGGGAUUUUGGGCCUAAAUUCCUCAAAUCCAAAAACUUCUGACUUUAGAGAGCUUGUCUGAAAUUCAAUCCCUUGGCUUUGAAUUUCUCAAAUCCAAAAGCCGCCGACUUUAGCAAGCUUUUCUGACGUUCAACGUCUUGGAUUUGAAUCCCUCAAAUCCAAAAACUUUGGAUUUUGACGAGCUUCGCUGGAGUUCGAUUUCUUGGAUGUUGUCAAUUAGUCAAACCCCGAGGUUUUUGACUUUAGCAAGCUUGUCCGAGAUUCAGCUUCUGGGAUUUCAAUCGCUCAAAUCCAGAAGCUGUUGACUUUGCUGAGCUUUCUCGCGAUUCAAUUUCUUGGGUGUCAAUUUCUCAAAUCCAGAAGCUUAGCUUUGACUUUAGCGAGUUUUUCUGGCGUUCAAUUUCUUGGAUUUGAAUCCCCCAAAUCCAAAAAUUUUCGAUUUUAACGAGCUUCGCUGGAAUUCAAUUUCUUGGAUUUCAAUUAGUCAAACCCCAAAAUUUUUGACUUUAGCAAGUUUCCCGAAAUUCAAUUUCUGGAAUUUCAAUCGCUCAAAUCCAGAAGUUUUUGACUUUGCCAAGCUUUCUCGCGGUUUAGUUGCUUUUUGGGCUUCAAUUCCUCAAACCCAAAAGCCUGGACUUACUUUAGCAAUUUUUUUCUGACGUUCAAUUUCUUGGGUUCGAAUCCCUCAAAUCCGAAAAUUUUCGAUUUUAACGAGUUUCGCUGGAAUUCAAUUUCUUGGAUUUCAAUUAGGCAAACCCCAAAAUUUUUGACUUUAGCAAGCUUUUCAGAAAUUCAACUUCUGGAAUUUCAAUCGCUCAAAUUCAGAAAUUUUUGAUUUUGCCAAGCUUUCUCGCGGUUCAGUUACUUCUUGUUUCAAUUUCUCAAACCCAAAAGCUUGGACUUUAGCAAGCUGGCUCGAAGACUCAGCUUCUACCCUGGAUUUCAAUUCCUCACGUUCGAAAGCUUUUGACUUUCGCAAGUUUUGCCGAGAUUCAAUCUCUUGGCUUUCAAUUUGUCAAACCCAAAAACCCUCGACUUUGCCAAGUUUUUCCGAGAUUCAAUUUCUUGGAUUUGAUUCGCGAGCUGUGGCAGAUUUGUAAACUCAUGAAUUCAGAAAUUCGUAAAUUCCUAAAUAGUUCAUAAAUUCAGAAGCUCAAAAUGAAGUUCAGAAGUUCAUGAGUUCAAAUGUGAAAGAGUGAGAGUUUGGAGCUUGGAAGUGGGAGAGUGAGAGUUUGGUGGGGUCGUUGUUGUUUUUUAAUUUAGCUCUUUAAUUCUAAUGGCACCACCAACGAGAGGACCUCGGCCAUCUAGUAAUGUGGUUUGUGUAGUUGUGCUAGCAAGGCUUAUCUAAUAAUGUAGUUUGUGUUGUACUUGGCAAUGUAAUGCAGUUUGUGUGAUACUAGCAUAAGCAACGUACUAGUUUGUGUUGUCCUAGCAAGACUUAUCUAAAAAUGUAGUUUGUGUUGUACUAGACAUGUGUAAAACACUAGACAUGUGUAAAACUUGUUCUAAUUCGCACCAAGAAGCUGAAAAGUUGCGGAGACAGACGGAGGUGCUGGAGAAGACGCUCAGUGAACGAAUUGCGAUGUUUAGCUCACAAAUAUCAAAGUUCAGGAAAAAGUAGCACCAUACCUGGGACAAGGACAAGAUUUUUUUUGAAUCGGCCUUUUGAGGAGAGGCACUUUCCUACAGAUGCCAUGUCUGCCGCGCCGUUCGAGCCUUCAAAACACUGAUCGCCCUAAACCCUAAACCCUUCUGAGGUGGACCUCGGGCGAAACGCGUCGAAGUUCGAACAGGACAGCCGUGCGGGAGUAGUGGCCGCGGAGGAGUGUAUAUAACUCAAUACUGGACUCCGGAUCUAAAAAAAAAAGUGUAGAAGAAGAGAGCAGGCCUUCUCGUGCGUCGGAGAUUCUAUCGAUGGAUGCGAAUGAGCGAACGUUUACGAAAAUACCUGACCCUGAGCGACCGUGCACCAGUCAGCUCCUUCUUAAAGUGAAAGGUAGGUAUCUUCGCGUGGUAUAUUAAUGUAAGGACCUACGAGUCAUUGGUACCAGUGCUACUCUGUCGUCGUAUGUAAAUCGGCUACCACUGCUACCCAUGACUUGCAUAUACGAGAGAUUGGAAAAAAAUAGAACUACUGAUGUCCUGCAGAAACGAGAGAU